AUGAUAGAAAUUGGCCAGGGUAAUACAUUCUGGGAAUAUAAAAGACUUUAUAGACAUCUUGAGGAAAACUUUGACAAAACCAUUAGACCAGUUAUUAAUCAGUCUAAGUCAGUUAUUGUAGGAAUAGACGUUAACUUACAGGCAAUUCAAGGAAUAGAUGAAAAGGAACAGGUUUUACUGUCUACCAUUGUUCUAGCGUGUAACUGGAAAUAUGAAACUUUGGUUUGGAAUGAAUCAGAAUUUAAUGAGAUUAAAACAAUGUAUGUAUCACCUGUAGAUGCAUGGAUACCCGAUGUUAUUGCAGGUAAUAGCUUUGACUCAUUAUACGUCCUGACAGAAAAUCGCGCGGACAUGUUACCAAUUAAAGUUGAAAGUAACGGUGAUGCACUAUGGUAUACAGGAGGAAACAUCCGUACAUCUUGUAAUAUUGACAUCACUAACUACCCAUUUGAUGUUCAACAUUGUACAAUCGUGAUUUCAAAAACUACUUCGGACACUGAAGUUCUCAUUGAUGCUUUACGUGAUCAAGUUAUAAGUGUUUUAUAUAAGGAAAAUGGCGAAUGGGCUUUAGAAAAAUCAAUUAUUGAGAAAAGAAUUGCUUGA